GCGGCGCUCGAGCUUGACAGCGCGGAUGGACGAACAGGGGGCACGAGAGUAACGGCACAGCGGCGAGCGUUCCUCGCUCAUUCUUGGAGACGCCGACCACCGACUUCCUACGACGCUCGGGAAACGAAAAGCCCCUCACGAGUGCGCCGGUAACGGACGGUCGCAGCUUCGCAAUGCUCACGCUGCUGACGGCCAUGUACUUGGUGGUGCGGUCGGCGUCCGCGCAGGCCGAGCCGAUCCGAGUUCUGGUGACUGGCGCUGCCGGACAGAUCGCCUAUUCUCUGCUGUUCAGCAUCGCUAAGGGAGAUGUCUUCGGCAAGGACCAGCCAAUCAUUUUGGUGCUUUUGGACAUCCCGCCCAUGUUGCCCGUUCUGGAUGGGGUUGUCAUGGAGCUUCAGGACUGUGCUCUCCCGCUGCUGAGAGAGGUGAUCCCCACAGACAAGGUUGAGGUGGGGUUUAAGAAUCUGGACGCUGCCAUCCUCGUGGGCUCCAUGCCCAGGAAGGAGGGUAUGGAGAGGAAGGACCUGCUGAAGGCCAACGUGGCCAUCUUCAAAAGCCAGGGGGCCGCGCUGGAGAAGUAUGCCAAGAAGACCGUCAAGGUGCUCGUGGUGGGAAACCCAGCCAACACAAACUGCCUGAUUGCCUCUAAAUCGGCACCAUCCAUCCCGAAAGAGAACUUCUCCUGCCUGACCCGUCUGGACCAUAACAGGGCCAGCGCACAGGUUGCGAUGCGUGUCGGUGUGUCCACGGGAGACGUGAAGAACGUGAUCAUUUGGGGAAACCACUCGUCCACGCAGUACCCAGAUGUGAACCACGCCCUGAUCAACCUGGACGGGGAGGAGGUUUGCGCCUAUGACGCUGUGAAGGACGACAGCUGGCUGAAGGGGAACUUCAUCACGACUGUGCAACAGCGUGGUGCUGAAGUGAUCAAGGCCAGGAAGCUGUCCAGUGCAAUGUCCGCUGCUAAGGCCAUCUGUGACCACAUGCGGGACAUCUGGUUCGGCACUUCUGAUGGUGAGUUUGUGUCCAUGGGGGUCUAUUCCACUGGGAAUUCCUAUGGUGUUCCUGAUGACCUCAUGUACUCAUUCCCUGUUAUGAUCAAGAACAAGUCCUGGAAGGUAGUGGAUGGUCUGUCCAUUAAUGACUUUUCUCGAGCCAAGAUGGACGCCACAGCGGCCGAGCUGAUUGAGGAGAGGGACACAGCUCUGGCCUUCCUCGGGGUGUGACUAGACGUCACCAUGGCAACGCUGAAGCAGUGCCUGGAUCCCUCUAAUCCUCCUCACUCGCAACUGUAAAACCCAAACUCCAUCAAUGUGUAUGCGAGUGAGUGAGCAAGAACAUGUCUCUCUAAAUGUGUGUGCGUUACUCAAAUCCAUAAGCAAAGCAGAAUGUGUACUAUAGCAUGAACUUUUUUCUGGUUUUAAUAGAACAAGAGCCAGGGAGAAGCUUAAACAGUUUUGUCCAGAACAAUGUAACAAUCCUUGUUGCCUGUCCAUAAAAUGGAACCUUUAAAAGAU